GGAAAUAUGGAAAGACUUGGAAUCAAGGCAAGGCCACACACACACACACACACACAUAUAUAUAUAUUAAUACCACACUUGGCCUUCAUCAUCUGAUUCACCUCGACUUACAUCAUCUUGAGUGAUGGAGAAAACUUGCUUCCUUGUUUCUGUCACAUUUUUAUUGUUGGUGCACUGCUCUCUCAUGGCUGUGACUGUGAGUACUAGGAGUACUGCAACCAAUAUCACCACCGAUCAAUCGGCUCUUCUUGCCCUGAAAUCCCAUAUCACAAGCGACCCUCACAACAUUUUGGCAAAAAACUGGACCACCACAACCUCCCAUUGCAACUGGAUUGGUGUCCAUUGCAACACUCGUCACCACAGAGUUGCAGCCUUGAACCUUUCUUACAUGGGCCUAAGUGGCACCAUCCCUCCACACAUUGGAAACCUCUCCUUUCUAACCUUACUAGACAUCAGAAACAAUAGUUUCCAUGGUGCUAUCCCUAAAGAGAUAGGCCAUUUGCGUAGACUAAAAAUCAUCAGAUUCUUUUCCAACGACUUUACGGGAAACCUUCCCAAGGAAAUCGGCAAACUUGCUAAUCUGGUGUCUUUGGACGUGCAGUCAAAUAGGCUUUCCGGCUUCAUACCUGCCUCCAUCUUCAACAUCUCCUCAUUGGAAGAUAUUGCUUUCACUAAUAAUAGCCUGUCCGGUAAUCUUCCCACGGAUAUGUGCUACCGUCUUCCAAAACUCUAUGGGCUCUAUCUGUCAUUUAACCAGUUCGAUAGUCAAAUUCCUUCCACUUUAUAUGAAUGCUUGAAACUUCAAUUCUUGUCAUUGUCAUAUAACAAAUUCAGUGGACCAAUACCAAAAGAGAUUGGGAACUUAACCUUCCUGAAAGGGUUAUAUCUUGGUGGUAACAACUUGGAAGGUGAAAUUCCACCACAGCUGGGAAAUCUUCAAAAUUUGGAGUCACUAGAAAUUGAGCGUGCUGGUCUCACUGUUUCAGGUACCGAAGAUGAACGGGGAUGGCUAGAGACGGGCUUAGGAUGAAGAGUUGGCGUGGAGGAUUUUUUUUUUUUUUUGGAGAUUUUUUUUGUAUUUUUGAGGAAUCUGACUUUGUAUAAAAGAGGGCAUUUUUCUGUGAUCCUGGGUGUAUUUUGGUGUAUCUGAUUUUGUAUAAAUUGAGGAUUUUAUUGGAAUUGUCAGGUCGUGACAAUUGAUGUCUUUUCAUCUUGCUUUAUGCUUGUAAAUCAUUUUGGUUUAUCAAUGUAUCUAUGUAUAUGGAUGUUUUGGGAUAAGUUUUGAGUUGUAUGAAUGUGUACAUUACCAUAUAUAAUUGCAAGGAAUAAUUAAACUAGAGCUCCCUUAGGAGCUCAUGUCCACAUUCUGGUUUAGUUUGAUCGAUCAGAUUUUAAUCCCAUUGAUCGG